AUGUUCCCAGAGCUCCUCCUCCCCGCUCAACUCCCUCUCCGUCCGCCGGCGCGCUCGCGUGCGGGCGAUCACUGGCCGCCUGGCGUCAACGCAGUGCCGGCGAGGGUGGGGCGGAGGCGCCUGAACCGCCUUCGCAACGAGGCUCACAUCGGGGCUCCUUUUGCCGACGCGCCCGAGCUGACGUUGCGCGGUCCUCCCGACGGGCCGCCCCCCGAAAACGAUGAGCUUCCGUGGUUCCAGCGCGGCACGUCCUUUACGGCGCUCGCUGCGCGUCUCGAGCGGCUCGGGAUUGACCUGUCCCUGGACGAGGACUCGCGGGCUCCGGUGCUAGAGGACGACUGGGUGGUGGUGGACGAGGAUGCUGCUCCCGCCACCGCCUGCGCCACGCUGCCUUAA